AGCGUGCCUGAGGUCACGUUUCUGGCGGUUGCACUCGAUUUCUUACCCUGCUCUCUCAUCCUUCCCUCUAUCUCUAUGCCCAACCCUUCAUACUACGUCCAUGCAAUUAAUCGAUUAAUCAAUCAACAUUUCUGAUUCUGAUUGCGAUUCAAUUUCGCUCCUUUUCGGCGCCAGGAACCAUGGCUUUGGGAGCUGUAACUCGACGGUUGGGGAAAAAACUCUUCCCCGUGUUAUCUCCCACUACCAGACUACUCCAUUCUCACGCCACAAGUUUCGGGUUCAAACAAGUAAACGAAGAAGAAAAGGCUCGCAUGGUAGGCGACGUCUUCACGAACGUUGCUUCAAACUACGAUUCCAUGAACGACGUAAUGAGUGCUGGAUUGCAUAGAUUGUGGAAGGACAGGUUAGUUUCCAAGCUGAAUCCGUUUCUUGGAAUGAAGCAUCUUGAUGUGGCUGGUGGCACAGGAGAUGUUGCUUUUAGAAUCUUGGAGAACAUACACAGAAUUAAGGUGAAAGGAGUUGGAGGUGUUUUUGAAGAUACUUUAGAGGCAGAAACUCGGAUAUAUGUAUGUGACAUUAACCCUAAUAUGUUAAAUGUUGGCAAACAGCGGGCCUCGGAAAAGGGUUUUGGAGAAGAUGAUUCCCUUGUAUGGGUGGAGGGAAAUGCUGAAAGUUUGAGUUUCGAAAAUGAUUCAAUGGAUGGUUAUACUAUUGCAUUUGGGAUAAGAAAUGUUACACACAUAGAGAAAGUACUUAGUGAAGCUCAUAGGGUAUUGAAACCAGGAGGCAGGUUCCUUUGUCUUGAACUGAGCCAUGUCGAUAUUCCUAUAUUUAAAGAUUUGUAUGACUAUUAUUCUUUCUCAGUUAUUCCAUACAUGGGUGAGCUGGUUGCUGGUGACCGGGAAUCCUAUCAGUACUUAGUUGAGAGUAUCCGUCGUUUCCCCUCACAGGAAACAUUUGCAUCGAUGAUUGCGGAUGCAGGAUUCCAGAAAGUAGAGUAUGAGAAUUUAGUUGGGGGAGUGGUUGCUAUCCAUUCAGGCCUAAAAAUCUGAUAUUUAUGAACUUUACUCUCAAUUUAUCUUAAUAAUUCAUACAUCUUUCAACACUGUCUAUAAGCAUGGAGACUGAAGAUCAAACGUGAUGUUAUUUGAACACGUAGAGAACGGAGAAGAUUUGAGUUGUUAGAAAGUGUACUGUAAUUUCUACCGUAUGGCGUUUGCAAUUCUUUUAGUACUCGACAGUUUUCUUGAAACAUGUAUAUACACGCCUCUCAUGAGGAGUAAACAUUUAUUUCUUUACCAACAAAAUAAAGAAAGAACUUGAUUUCGUCA